AUGGGUUACGGCGUCUUCACUUUAUUCGGAAUCAUCUAUCCGAUCAACUUCUUCCUCGCCACCACCACCGUCAAGUUGGCGGUCUCGAGCGGGAUUGUCGACAUCAUACGUUACACAUUCCCUCAGCACACCUAUUGGAUCAGAGACCUCGACUUUGUCAUCGGUUGUGUUGGAGUGUCACUGUUGAUGGCCUAUGCCCUUGUCAGCGUAGCUAGUGGGAUACAGGCGAUGAGUCCACAGGGCUAUGACAAUCAUUACGGACGUUUCCAGUUAUCUCGGGCCAAGCCUGGUUUGGGUUUGAGGAUGUACGCAUCACAUUACAAUGCCCUGGAGUGCUUCACCAUGUUCUCUAUUGCGGUGAUCUUGGGGAUCCUCCGUGGGAUGGAUGAACAUCUUUUGGCCAACCUGUCGGCUGUGGUAAUCCUAGCUCGUGCAAAUUACCACAUCUUCCACGCCCUCGACUUCGCUAUGUUACGAAGCAUCGCUUUCGAUACAGCAUUCAUGGCGAUCUUAAGUAUCAUCAUGGAAGCAGCAUUCCCUGGUAACGUUGUGGUCAAGUUUAUGGCAACAAAGGAUUGGACCUUACCUGUCUUGUAA